UCUCGCCAGGGCUUUCUGAUGACAUUGCAAACUAUUCAGCAGUCAACAAUUCAGCACAAAGGCAUUCGGAGUCACGCUGGCAUGUUGUGACAAAAUCACACAAUUACAUGGGAUCCGUCCCAUUCUGAAAAUGCCUAAACAGCAAAUGGCAGAAGUAAAAGGAAUCAAAUGUCAGAGCCAGCACAGUCUGAGAGACUUGAAACUCAGACUCCACGAUCCAUGGGGAAAGUUUCCUGCUGUGCCAUGGAAUAAAGGUGCCGGAUAGAAAAUGACAGCAAGACUUCUAAGAGCACCCCUGGCUUUGCUCUUCCUUGGCCUCUUUGGGAUCCUGAAGGCGACAACAAUAUCGUGCAGAAACGAGGAAGGUGAAGCUGUGGAUUGGUUUACAUUUUAUAAGUUGCCUAAAAGGCAAGACAAGGAAAGUAGAGAGACUGGGGUAGAGUACCUAUACCUAGACUCUGCAACCAGAAGCUGGAGAAGGAGCAAGCAACUAAUGAAUACCACCAAGAGUGUUUUGGGAAGGACAUUACAACAGCUAUAUGAAGCACAUGCUUCCGAGGAUAACAACACAGCCUAUCUAAUAUACAAUGAUGGAGUCCCUAAAUUCAUGAAUUACAGCAGAAAGUAUGGACAUACCAAAGGUUUACUUCUGUGGAACAGAAUCCAGGGGUUCUGGUUGAUUCAUUCCAUUCCCCAUUUUCCUCCAAUUCCUGAAGAAGGCUAUGAUUAUCCACCCACAGGGAGACGAAAUGGACAAACGGGCAUCUGCAUAACUUUCAAGUACAACCAGUAUGAAGCAAUAGAUUCUCAGCUCUUGGUCUGCAACCCAAACGUUUAUAGCUGUUCCAUCCCAGUAACCUUUCAUCAGGAGCUCGUUCACAUGCCCCAGCUGUGUGCCAGAUCCAGCUCAUCAGAGAUCCCUGGCUGGCAUCUCACCACACUUCAGUCAGCCCAGGGACAAAAAUUCCUCCAUUUUGCAAAGUCUGAUUCUUUUCUUGACGACAUCUUUGCAGCCUGGAUGGCUCAACGGUUGAAGACGCACUUGCUAACAGAAACCUGGCAGCGAAAGAGACAAGAGCUUCCUUCAAACUGCUCCCUUCCUUACCAUGUCUACAAUGUCAAGGCAAUUAAGUUAUCUAGACAAUCUUAUUUCAGCUCUUAUCAGGAUCAUGCCAAAUGGUGUAUUUCCCAAAAGGGCACCAAAAAUCGCUGGACAUGUAUUGGAGACCUAAAUCGGAGCCCACACCAAGCCUUCAGAAGUGGAGGAUUCAUUUGUACUCAGAAUCAGCGUAUUUACCAAGCAUUCCAAGGAUUAGUUUUAUAUUAUGAGAACUGUAACUAAACUUGGUGAAAGGACAUAUGUGCUAUCAUUUUCAACACUGAUAUGGGAUCUUCUUCUACUAG